AUGCGGCAUCGAAGAAAUGGCAAUUUUGAGAGUUCCAGACUCCUCUAUUCCAGCAUGUCUCGCAGCAUAGAUGUGUCUUGCAGUGAUGCUGAUUUGGUCAACUUCAUUCAAGAAAACUUUAAGAAGAGAGAAUGUGUCUUUUUUACAAAGGAUACCAAGUCAAUGGGUAACUUAUGUAAAUGUGGAUACCCUGAAAAUCAACACAUAGAGGGCACUCAGAUUAAUACCAGUGAAAAAUGGAACUACAAGAAUCACACCAAGGAACUUCCUACUGAUGCCUUUGGGGACAUUCAAUUUGAAAACUUGGGAAAAAGAGGAAAGUACAUCCGUUUGUCAUGUGACACAGACUCCGAAACACUCUAUGAUCUCAUGACCCAGCAUUGGCACCUGAAAACCCCUAACCUUGUCAUCUCUGUUACUGGGGGUGCAAAGAACUUUGCACUCAAGCCACGGAUGCGCAAGAUAUUCAGCAAGCUGGUCUGCAUUGCCCAGUCCAAAGGGGCCUGGAUUUUCACAGGAGGCACGCAUUACGGGUUGAUGAAGUACAUCGGGGAAGUGGUCAGAGACAACACCAUGAGCCGGAACUCAGAGGAGAACGUGGUGACUAUUGGCAUAGCAGCCUGGGGCAUGAUUUCCAACCGAGAAAGUCUAACUCGCAGUGGUGAUAAUGACGGAUACUACUUGGCCCACUACAUAAUGGAUGAUCUGAAAAAAGAUCCCCUUUAUUGCCUGGAUAAUAACCACACACAUCUCUUACUGGUUGAUAACGGCACCCAUGGGCAACCAACAACAGAGGCAAAAGUACGAACUCAGUUAGAAAAGUAUAUUUCGGAGCGUAUUAUGCCAGAAUCGAAUUAUGGUGGGAAGAUUCCAGUUGUGUGUUUUGCCCAAGGUGGAGGGAAAGAGACUUUGAAAUCUAUCAAUGUGGCCAUCAAGAGUAAAAUUCCCUGUGUUGUGGUGGAAGGUUCUGGUCGGAUCGCCGAUGUUAUUGCUAACUUGAUGGAGGCAAAAGGCACUCUUGGUUCUUCAUGUGUGAAGGAGAGCUUGCUCAGAUAUCUGCCUCGUACUAUUUCAAGGCUCUCUGAAGAGGAGACUGAAAGCUGGAUUAAAUGGGUUAAAGAAGUCCUUGAGAACCCUCAUUUACUUACAGUUAUCAAAAUAGAAGAUGAAGAUGAAAUUGUGAGCAAUGCCAUUUCCUUUGCUCUGUACAAAGCUUUCAGCACCAAUGAACAUGACAGAGACAACUGGAAUGGGCAGCUGAAGCUACUUCUGGAGUGGAACCAGUUAGACCUGGCCAGUGACGAGAUCUUCAACAAUGACCGAAAUUGGGAGUCUGCUGACCUACAGGAUGUCAUGUUUACGGCCCUAGUGAAAGACAGGCCCAAAUUCGUCCGGCUCUUCCUGGAAAAUGGCUUGAAUCUGAGAAAGUUUCUUACCACAGAGGUCCUUAGAGAGCUGUACAUUAAUAACUUCAGCAGCUUGGUGUUCAAGAACCUGCAGAUAGCAAAGAACUCUUACAAUGAUGCUCUCCUCACUUUUGUAUGGAAGAUGGUUGAAGACUUCCGAAGAGGUCUCAAAAGAGAUGACAAGAAUAGCAAGGAUGAGAUGACGAUUCAUCUUUCAGAUGAGUGUCCUAUCACAAGGCACCCACUGCAAGCUCUGUUUAUUUGGUCAGUUCUGCAGAACAAGAAAGAAUUGUCUAAAGUCAUUUGGGAGCAAACCAGAGGCUGCACAUUGGCAGCCCUUGGGGCCAGUAAGCUUCUGAAAAGCAUGGCAAAGGUUAAGAAUGAUAUAAAUGCUGCUGGUGAGUCUGAGGAACUUGCUAAUGAGUAUGAGACAAGAGCAGUAGAGCUAUUCACCGAGUGUUAUAGCAAGGAUGAAGAUCUAGCUGAGCAGUUGCUGACUUAUUCCUGUGAAGCCUGGGGAGGGAGCAAUUGUCUGGAACUAGCAGUUGAAGCUAAAGACCAACAAUUCAUUGCCCAGCCAGGAGUACAGAAUUUCCUUUCCAAGCAGUGGUAUGGAGAGAUUUCAAGAGAUACUAAAAACUGGAAGAUUAUAUUCUGUCUGUUCUUUUUCCCUUUAAUAAGUUGUGGUUUCAUCUCAUUCAGGAAAAAGCCCGUGGAGAAGAGCAAGAAAUUAAUCUUGUAUUACGUGUCUUUCUUCACCUCCCCCUUUGUGGUCUUCUCCUGGAAUGUCAUCUUCUACAUCGCUUUCCUGUUGCUCUUCGCCUAUGUGUUGCUUAUGGAUUUCCAGAAGGAACCUACCGCCCUGGAGAUCAUCCUAUAUGUGCUGGUCUUCAUUCUGCUUUGUGAUGAAGUGAGACAAUGGUAUAUGAAUGGCAGUAAGUAUUUCUCAGAUCUGUGGAAUGUUAUGGAUACCCUAGCAAUUUUCUACUUCAUAGCAGGGAUUGUAUUCAGGCUUCACUCAUCAGAUGAAAGCUCUUGGUAUUCUGGGAGAGUAAUUUUCUGUUUGGACUAUAUAGUUUUUACUCUGAGACUGAUCCAUAUUUUCACAGUUAGCAGGAAUCUAGGACCCAAAAUUAUUAUGCUGCAGAGGAUGAUGAUAGACGUCUUCUUCUUUCUCUUCCUCUUUGCUGUGUGGAUGGUGGCCUUUGGUGUGGCCAGGCAAGGCAUACUGAGGAAGAAUGAACACCGCUGGGAGUGGAUAUUUCGAUCUGUCAUCUACGAGCCGUACCUGGCUAUGUUUGGCCAUUACCCUGAUGAUGUUGAUGGUACCACCUACAACUUUGACCACUGCACCUUUUCUGGGAAUGAGUCUAAGCCCUUAUGUGUGGAGCUGGAUGCCAACAACCAACCUCGCUUCCCUGAGUGGAUUACCAUUCCCCUUGUCUGCAUUUACAUGCUGUCAACUAACAUCCUCCUUGUGAACCUGCUUGUGGCCAUGUUUGGUUACACUGUUGGAUCAGUACAAGAGAACAAUGACCAGGUGUGGAAGUUCCAGCGCUACUUCUUGGUCCAGGAAUACUGCAGUCGUUUGACUAUCCCCUUCCCUUUUGUCAUCUUUGCCUACAUAUUCAUGGUGAUGAGAAAAUGUUUCAAAUGCUGCUGUAAGAAUGAAAUUAAAGAGCCAUCUAUCUGUUGCUCAAAAAAUGAAGACAAUGAAAUUUUGGCAUGGGAAGCUGUCAUGAAGGAAAAUUAUCUUGUCAAAAUCAGUACCAAAACAAACGAUUCAUCAGAAGAGAUGGUACAUCGAUUCAAACAACUGGAUGCAAAGCUUUCUGAUUUGAAAGGCCUUCUGAAAGAGAUUUCCAGCAAAAUCAAAUGA